CAUUUCGAAGGCCCAGGUGGAAGGAAGUCUUGACCGUGGUGGAUUAGUUCCUGACAGCAGCAGCAGGAGGGAAUGGUGGAAAGGGGUAUCAGACGAAAUAACAGGACCAUUUCCUAUCAAGACGGCCCAAUAAAAAUAUUUUAUAGGAAGGAAAAAUCUUCAGCUUCUCAAGCCCUGCCAUUACAGCCAGUCAACUGCAUAGAGCUCCUCUAGUUGAGAUGAAGCCUAGAAGAAGUCCUGCCUGGCCCAUCACAGAGUAUAUGCCGCUACCUUAAGCUUUAGAGGAGAGGAAUGAUGAAAUUAGAUAAAAAAUAAAGUGGAAGAGUGGAGGACCGCACCCCCCAGCAUCCCCCAAAAGCAGCAUGGCAGGACUCCAGCUGGUCACCCCCGCCUCCAAUCCCAUGGGGCCUUUCUUUGGUCUCCCGUGGCAACAGGAGGCCAUCCACGACAACAUCUACACGCCUAGGAAAUAUCAGGUUGAACUUCUUGAAGCAGCUCUUGAACACAAUACUAUUGUCUGCUUAAAUACUGGCUCAGGGAAGACUUUUAUUGCAGUACUCCUAACUAAAGAGCUCUCCCACCAAAUCCGGGGAGAUUUAGUCGAACAAGGGAAGAGGACAGUUUUCCUGGUGAAUGCAGCAUCGUCUGUGAUUCAGCAAGCAGCUAGUGUUAGGACCCACUCUGAUCUCCAGGUUGGAGAAUACAUGUGUGUGGAGAAGACCUCAUCAUGGUCCAGGGAAAAGUGGAGCCAAGAAAUGAUUGAAAAUCAGGUGCUCGUUAUGACGUGCCAUAUCUUCCUGCAUGUGCUGAAGAGUGGAGUGCUGCCACUAUGGAAACUCAACCUGGUGGUGUUUGAUGAGUGUCACCUGGCAAUCACGGACCAUCCCUACCGGGAGAUAAUGAAGCUAUGCGAGGGCUGUCCGUGCAGCCCUCGGAUCCUGGGCCUCACUGCAUCAAUUUUGAAUGGUAAAUGUGACCCGUCUGAACUGGAACAGAAGAUCCAGAACUUGGAGCGGAUCCUGCGGAGCAAUGCAGAGACGGCUACUGACCUUGUUGUCCUUGACAGAUAUGCCUCCCAGCCCAGAGAGGUGGUACUGGACUGUGGACCCUACCUGGACAAGAGCGGCCUCUCAGAGCAUCUACUGAGCGAGCUGGACGAGGCUCUCCACUUCCUCAACGACUGCAACAUACCUGUGCCUCGAGAGGACAGAGACCCCACCUUCAUAUCCAAACAGGUGCUGAGUGACUGUCGGGCGGUGCUGCUGGUGCUGGGGCCGUGGUGUGCCGACAAGGUGGCUGGCAUCAUGGUGAGGGAGCUGCAGAAGUACAUAAAACACGAACAGGAAGAGAUUAACAGGAAGUUCCUGCUCUUCACCGACACCAUCCUGAGGAAGGUCCACGCCCUGUGUGAGGAACUCUUCUCCCCGGCCUCUCUGGACCUGAAGUUUGUGACCCCGAAGGUCAUCCGUCUCCUGGAGAUCCUCCAUGAGUACAAGCCCUUUGAGAGGCAACAGUUUGAGAGUGUGGAGUGGUACAACAACCGCAACGAGGACAACUACGUGUCGUGGAGUGACUCGGAAGACGAAGACGAGGAUGAGGAGGUGGAGGUGAAGGAGAAACCCGAGGCUAACUUCCCCUCGCCGUUCACCAACAUCCUGUGUGGGAUCAUCUUCGUUGAGAGGCGCUACACGGCCGUCGUCCUCAACCGGCUAAUAAAGGAAGCAGGGAAACAGGACCCGGAGUUGGCCUACAUCAGCAGUAACUUCAUCACGGGACACAGCAUCGGAAAGAACCAGCCACGCAACAAGCAGAUGGAGGUGGAGUUCAGGAAACAGGAAGAGGUUCUGCGUAAGUUCCGUGCCCACGAGACCAACCUGCUCAUAGCGACCAGCAUCGUGGAGGAAGGGGUAGAUAUUCCCAAGUGUAACCUGGUGGUGAGGUUUGACCUGCCCACUGAGUACAGGUCCUACGUUCAGUCUAAAGGCCGAGCCAGAGCCCCUGUCUCCAACUACAUCAUGCUGGCUGAAAGUGAGAGGACCAAGACCUUCGAGGAAGACCUGAAGACCUACAAGGCCAUAGAGAAGAUCCUGAGAAACAAGUGUUCCAAGGCAGCGGGGGUCGGUGACUUUGAGGUGGAACCGGUGCAGGAUGAUGACAACAUCCUGCCUCCCUACGUGCUCCGCUCUGAGGAAGGAGGGCCCCGCGUCACCAUCAACACGGCUAUCGGACACAUCAACAGAUACUGUGCCCGUCUGCCCAGUGACCCGUUUACCCACCUGGCACCUAAGUGUAAGACCAAGGAGCUGAAGGAUGGGCGCUACCAGUCAACCCUCUACUUGCCCAUCAAUUCCCCUCUACGGGUGCCCGUCGCUGGGCCAAUCAUGAACUGUGCACGACUGGCAGAGAAGGCAGUGGCACUACUUUGUUGUGAAAAUCUUCACAAAAAAGGUGAGUUGGAUGACCACUUGAUGCCUGUGGGGAAAGAGACCGUGAAGUAUGAGGAGGAGCUGGAUCUCCAUGACGAGGAGGAGACCAGUGUUCCAGGUAGACCAGGAUCCACCAAGAGGAGGCAGUGCUACCCUAAAGCUAUACCAGAGUGUCUUCGGGACAGUUACCCUGUACCGGAGCAGUCUUACUACCUGUAUGUGAUUGGCAUGGUCCUCACCACCCCUCUGCCCGACGAACUCAACUUCCGCCGCAGGAAGCUCUACCCUCCAGAGGACACUACCAGGUGCUUCGGCAUCCUGACUGCCAAACCUAUACCUCGGAUCCCCCACUUUCCUGUGUACACGCGGUCUGGUGAGGUGACCAUCUCCAUGGAGCUCCAGAAGGCUGGGUUCACUCUGAGUGCUGUCCAGCUGGACCUGAUCACCAGACUACACCAGUACAUCUUCUCUCACAUCCUUCGCCUGGAGAAACCUGCUUUAGAGUUCAAUCCCACGCAAGCUGACUCGGCCUACUGCGUUCUACCUCUCAAUGUUGUUGAGGAUUCCAACACUCUAGAUUUGGAUUUUAAAUUCAUGGAGGACAUAGAGAAGUCCGAGGCUCGUGUUGGCAUUCCUACCACCCAGUACACCAAGCAGAACCCCUUCACCUUCAAACUGGAAGACUACCAGGACGCUGUCAUCAUUCCACGCUAUCGUAACUUUGACCAGCCUCACCGUUUCUACGUGGCUGACGUUUACACAGACCUCACACCUCUCAGCAGGUUCCCGUCACCGGAGUACCAGACGUUUGCUGAGUACUACAAAACCAAGUACAACCUGGACCUGUCCAACGUAAACCAGCCACUACUGGACGUAGACCAUACCUCCUCACGCCUGAACCUGUUAACCCCUCGUCACCUGAACCAGAAGGGGAAAGCCCUGCCCCUCAGCAGUGCAGAGAAGAGGAAGGCCAAGUGGGAGAGUCUACAGAACAAACAGAUCCUGGUCCCAGAGCUGUGUGCCAUCCACCCCAUCCCAGCCUCUCUGUGGAGGAAGGCUGUGUGUCUCCCCAGUAUCCUGUAUCGCCUUCACUGCCUGCUCACAGCCGAGGAGCUGAGGGCCCAGACAGCCAGCGACGCUGGAGUAGGAGCCCAGACCCUGCCCUCUGACUUCAGGUAUCCAAACCUGGACUUUGGAUGGAAGAAGUCCAUCGACAGCAAGUCAUUCAUCUGUCUGCGUGAUGAGGAUGAGGAAGAGGAGGAGGAGGAGGAGGAAGAGGACAGCGGUGACGAUAACUGUAAACAGCAGGGCCAGACUGUAGCCCCUGACCCUGGACUUGCUGCUGCUGUUUCCCAGCAACCCUUUAGUGACUGUCAUGUCUCUUCUCGGCCUGAGGGGUGCGACAUCCACCAACGCCCCGAAAAUGACAGACAAGAGGACGAGGAGCCCCAGCAGCCAGACUCCGCCUCCUGCACUAGCAUCCUCGCUAAUGGCACUGCCCCCAUUGCCAAUGACAACGGUGACCACGGCGACCAUUCACACCUUCACGACGGACGUGACAACUGCCAAUGUCUCCCGGCUGGUUCUGGUUUGCCACUGGAGAACGAAAAAGAAGUAUCAACAACACAAACCACUACCUCAGUUCUUCCUGUGCAGCCCUCUCUUAGCAUCGAGAACCAGAAUCUAACCCCAACACCCCCUCAGCCCAAGCCAGGGACCCAGCCUCCACCCCCUCACCCCCAGGCAGGGACCCAGCCUCCGCCCCCUCAGCCCGGGACCCAGUCUCCACCUCCUCCACCCCCUCAGCCCCAGCCAGGGACCCAGCCUCAACCCCCUCAGCCCCAGCCAGGUACCCAGCCUCCACCCCCUCAGCCCGGGACCCAUCCUCCAGCUCCUCCACCUUCUCAGCCCCAGCCAGGGACCCAGUCUCUACCCCCUCAGCCCCAGCCAGGGACCCAGCCUCUACCCCCUCAGCCCCAGCCAGGGACCCAGCCUCUACCCCCUCAGCCCCAGCCAGGUACCCAGCCUCCACCCCCUCAGCCCGGGACCCAUCCUCCAGCUCCUCCACCUUCUCAGCCCCAGCCAGGGACCCAGUCUCUACCCCCUCAGCCCCAGCCAGGGACCCAGCCUCUACCCCCUCAGCCCCAGCCCCAGCCAGGGACCCAAUCUCCACCCCCUCAGCCCCAGCCAGGGACCCAGCUUUCACCCCCUCAGCCCCAGCCAGGGACCCAGCUUUCACCCCCUCAGCCCCAGCCAGGGACCCAGCCUCCACCCCCUCAGCCCCAGCCAGGGACCCAGCUUCCACCCCCCCAGCCCCAGCCUAGUGAUGAAUGUAGACCAGGGAGGACCUCAGAGCUCCGUGAGGGCGACGGACACCACGUGAAUCAAGCUACCUCAGACUGCUGCAGCCCAGCAACGAUGACGGGUCCCGCCGGCACAGCUCCCAUCACCACAACACCUUUACCUGACCCCUCAGAGCCUCUAGAGACCCAGGAGAUCACCACCAGCAGCUCUGUAGUGGGGGAUACCCUUGGCCCCUGCUCCAAGACCCUGGGGCCCAACCCUGGGCUCAUCCUUCAGGCCCUGACCCUGUCCAACGCCAGUGACGGCUUCAACCUGGAGCGUCUGGAGAUGCUGGGAGACUCCUUCCUGAAGCACGCCAUCACCACCUACCUAUUCUGUACCUACCCCGAUGCACACGAGGGACGACUCUCCUACAUGAGGAGCAAGAAGGUGAGCAACUGUAACCUGUAUCGUCUGGGAAAGAAGAAAGGUCUUCCUUGCAGGAUGGUGGUGUCCAUCUUUGACCCACCGGUCAACUGGCUGCCUCCUGGCUACGUGGUCAACCAGGACAAGAGCAGCGAAGACAAAUGGGACGAGGAUGAGGCCAAAGAGGAGCUCCUGGCCAACGGUAGUGCUGGAGAGGAGUUGUGUGUGGAGGAACUAGGGGAGGAGGUUCUGGAGGAGGAUGAAGAUCUGAUGUGGAAGGAGCCUAAAGACGAGGUCAACGUGGAGGACGACCUGGAGUACUACCAGGAGCACAUCAAGUUCAUCGACAACAUGCUCAUUGGCUCCGGUGCCUUCGGCAAGAAGAUUUCCCUCGGUACCUUCCCCCCUGCCCCCGCCACCCCUGGCCCAAGUCCCAGCCCCUCCGCCCGGUCCUCCUCCCCUGCAGCCGAGCCCAGCUACGGGGAGUGGAAACCCCCCAAGAAACCUGGCCCGGUCCCCACCCCCCACUACCCCUCAGAGCCUAGCGGUAGUGGCUCAGCAGAUGAGUUUGACUACAGCUCGUGGGAUGCCAUGUGUUACCUGGACCCUAGCAAGGCAGGGGAGGAGGAUGAUUUCGUGGUGGGUUUCUGGAACCCGUCGGAGGAGAACUGUGGGGCGGAGUUGGGGAAACAGUCUAUCUCCUAUGACUUGCACACAGAACAAUGCAUCGCUGACAAGAGCAUCGCUGACUGUGUGGAGGCAUUGCUGGGCUGCUACCUCACCAGCUGUGGGGAGAGGGCUGCUCAGAUGUUCCUCUGCUCACUGGGACUCAAGGUGUUACCGGUUGAGAGGAGGAGGCUGAAGGAGAAGGGCGGGGUCAUAGAGGUUGUGAACCUUGACCUCCAGUAUGGCUGGCUGAAGAUCCCACCCCGCUGCAUAUUUGACCACCCGGAUGCCGAGCUCACCCUCAACCACCUCAUCUCUGGCUUUGAGAACUUUGAGAGGAAGAUCAGCUACACCUUCCAGAACAAGGCCUACCUGCUGCAAGCCUUCACACACGCCUCCUACCAUUACAACACCAUUACUGAUUGUUACCAGCGACUAGAGUUUCUUGGCGAUGCAAUUUUAGACUACCUCAUAACGAAGCACCUUUAUGAAGACCCGCGCCAACACUCUCCUGGCGUGCUCACAGACCUGCGCUCGGCGUUGGUCAACAACACUAUCUUCGCCUCCCUGGCCGUCCAGUAUGACUUCCACAAGUACUUCAAGGCUGUGUCGCCCGAGCUGUUUCAUGUCAUCGACGACUUUGUGCAAUUCCAGCUGGAGAAGAACGAAAUGCAAGGCAUGGACUCUGAGCUUCGGCGCUCAGAGGAAGACGAGGCGAAAGAGGAGGAUAUUGAGGUCCCCAAGGCAAUGGGAGACAUAUUUGAGUCACUAGCCGGAGCAAUUUACAUGGAUAGCAGAAUGUCACUGGAGACAGUGUGGCAAGUGUAUUAUCCAAUGAUGAGGCCACUUAUAGAGAAAUUCUCUGCUAAUGUCCCUCGCUCUCCGGUGCGGGAGCUAUUGGAGAUGGAGCCUGAGACAGCCAAGUUCAGCCCUGCGGAGCGGACGUACGACGGGAAGGUCCGUGUGACAGUGGAGGUCGUGGGCAAGGGCAAGUUCAAAGGCGUGGGCCGCAGCUACCGGAUUGCCAAGUCUGCUGCCGCGCGCCGGGCCCUGCGUAGCCUCAAAGCCAACCAACCUCAGGUCCCAAACAACUGAGCUUCACACGCUAACUAGCUAGCUACUGAUGCUAGCUACUGAUGCUAGCAACUGACGCUAUCUACCUACAACUGUCGCUAGCCAGUAGCCACUGAUGCUAGCUUGCUACUGAUGUUAGCUAGUCGCCACUGAUGCUAAAUACUGACGCUAACCAGUAGCUACCAGUGCUAGCAACUGAUGCUAGCUACCAACACAGUGCAGCAUUAGUCCCGUAUCUUCAGCCCUCAAUGGCACAACCAAUGCAGCCAGGGAACGUUCUGUGGAGACAUGGGGAAGUCACAACGAGAGCUGAUCUAGUUGUAACGGAUUUCACAUUUUAUUUUACAUUUUUUGCAAACACAAUCUUUCCUUUCCUUCUGUUCUCUGCUUUGUGUAAUCACAAGAGUGCUUUAUUAACGUAUAGCAAAGUGUUAAAAAGAAGAAAAAAGGUCAGGUGUUGCUUUGUUAAUUUCUCACUUUUUUUUUUUUACUUUUUGUUUGUUUAACCUUUGCUUUGUGUCAGUGAGAUGUUAGGCGUAUGCGUAUUAUGAGUAGUAUUAGAUUUGUACAUAGUUCAAAUCAAAGGUGUAAAUCUAAAAACGCUAUACUCCUCAGUCUGUGCACUAGUGCCAGUUUUAAAGCGGUUUUUAAAAUGCUAUUGCUAAGGAAAUGGCAAGCAGAGGCCAGACCACCAGUGAAGACGACCAGUGUGGCCCACCUCUGUCUGAACUCUGUCUUGAGAUGCUAUUCUUAGGAUGCGUCUAAAAUGGCACCCUAUCCCCUAUAUAGGAUCCUAUGGCCCUGGUCAAAAGUAGUGGACUAUAUAGGGAAUAGGGUGCCAUUUGGGACGUGCCCUCAAUCAUUAUUGCACUUAUUCCAUUAGGGUCUGUUAUGUUCAUAAUUGUGUGGUCGGAUUGGACAACAAAAUCCUAUAUGUAACAAAAAUAUAUAUAUACAUUUAUGAUGAAAUAUAAAUAUUAUUUGCCUUACAUACUAAGGCCUCCCUCGUAUCCUGAAAAAAAGAAUAGGAAUUCAACAUUCCCGCUUACUGUAAAUUUAAAAAAUAGUUUUUAAACAGCACUCGAGGAUGCAUGUUCGUGUAGCUUAUGUAUUAAUAACCAUGGCAACUGGAUGGCUUAUAUAAACAUUUAUAAAUCUAUCUAUAUCUAGAGGGAAAGAGAUAUUAAAUGUUUAUUAUUAUGACAUAAGUCGACAACUUUAGUCUCAAGUAAUGUCUUUUGAUACCAAGAUUGAUCAUCUUUAUUUUGUUGGUCAUUUUGUAAGACUCAGAGCACCUUUUGAGUACAGUCUUUAGGACACAGGUUGUUCUUCUUUUUCAACAGAAUCGUGGUUCACACAUCCCUUCACUUUACCAAAGCUAAUACAGUUGUGACUCUACAGGGUUGCACAUGUGAAGUCAGUUCCUAGGGAUAUGCACACCAGCCUUUUUGUUUAAUUAUUUACUUCAAACACAUUGUGACAUAGCGUCCACGUUAUGUGACUACAUAGCCUCUUAGACUAAAUGUCUUUUAUUUUCUCUCAACAGUAUCAAUAAGCCCUCUUCACUUGAAUACCUCAGUUGAUUGCAUGCAUUUGUUUUUGGUGCUAUGUUUUGUGUUGUAUUAAGCUUGAAUUUCUCAUCCUUUUUGCACUGUAACUAUAAUACCUCUUUCUUUGACCUUUUUGAAAUCUGUCAGUUGGGUUGGUUGUCCUGUUCUAGCAGCCUUCAAGCUGUAGUGGUUCAGUUGCAUCGGUGUUUUCUUUGUUUUUCUUCUCUCCCUGCCCAAUUGAUUUAAUGCUUGAUGAUUUGGUGGGGUAAAUCCAGAGGGUAUUCUCAUUCUGCACAUACAUGGGCCUAAACGAAUGUCUUCAGUCUCUGUUGAGCAUCAGUCCUCUUCAAAGGAAGAAGACAUGAAUUGGCCAUGAUCAGAUGGAGGGGGCCUCCUGUACUGUAGCUUGUUGAAGUAAACCGAUUGCACUCUAUAUCUCUCACCGUGUGUGGCCAGCGCAGUCUUAGUGUAUGUCGAAGGCCUUUGCAAGACUACUUCGGAUUCAGCCUUUUACGAUUGUCACAUGUCACACUGUGCGAUGUUACCAAAUUAAAAUCUUGAUAUCAACCUUGUCAGAUUGUAAGAUUUUCUUCAGUUCUGUCGUCACAUUCUGCGAUUUGACUUGAAGCUACGUCAACUACAGCAGGGUAAAAACUGAAAGUAUGCAUAGUUUUAACAAGCAACCUUUAUAUUUCCACUCAAUCAAAUCUGCUUCCCCAAAAUAGCGUGGUCUCUGUGGUAGAACGUUUAUUUUGAUUGGCGAUUUGGUGCAUUUAUCAAAUUCCCGUCAGGUAGCCCGAUUUCAGCCUUGUCAUAUAAACAAGAAUAUUAGGGAAAUCAUUCUUCUUGCACAGCAUAUCAAUGUCUAAAUGGAACUGUUAUAGUAAUCUGACUAUUCACAAUAAUCGUAUUAUUGUGUGCCGUGUUCCUAUUGGUCAGUUACCGGAAUCAGCUCGUACCACCAGCCACUCUACACCGAGCCUACGACCGUCAGCACGUAGUGGUACUUAAUCGGCAGACCUGUCAUACUGAACGAGCCAAGCCGUCCGACAAUCGUUUACAACCUACAAAUUUGCCCGCGGUGUGAAAAUGUCUGGAACAGCAAAAUUGUGGCUUAAAACGGCUGGAUUUGUACAGUCUGUGGGGGGCUUAAGAUUCGUUCUCACUCGAAAAUGGCAUUCCUCACAGAUGUUUCAUUAUUUAACCUGUACACCUGUGUUGUCCUAAAACAGUGUGUUGUGCAAGAAACGGAAUUAAAUAAUUAAUGGUUCCUAAAGUUGAUGAAUGAAUUAGGAGGUUUGAAGAGGAUUGUAUGGUGUUAUAUUUAAUAGAUAUACAGUUGAAGUCGGAAGUUUACAUACACUUAGGUUGGAGUCAUUAAAACUCAUUUUUCAACCACUCCACACAUUUCUUGUUAACAAACUAUAGUUUUGACUUGUCGGUUAGGACAUCUACUUUGUGCAUGACACAAGUCAUUUUUCCAACAAUUGUUUACAGACAGAUUAUUUCACUUAUUAUUCACUGUAUCACAAUUCCAGUGGGUCAGAAGUUUACAUACACUAAGUUGACUGUGCCUUUAAACAGCUUGGAAAAUUCCAGAAAUUAUGUCAUGGCUUUAGAAGCUUCUGAUAGGCUAAUUGACAUAAUUUGAGUCAAUUGGAGGUGUACAUGUGGAUGUGUUUCAAGGCCUAACUUCAAAUUCUGUGCCUCUUUGCUUGGCAUCAUGGGAAAAUCAAAAGAAAUCAACAAAACCAUCAGAAUUUUUUUGGGAGACCUCCACAUGUCUGGUUCGUCCUUGGGAUCAAUUUCCAAACGCCUCAAGGUACCACGUUCAUCUGUACAAACAAUAGUACGCAAGUAUAAACACCAUGGAACCACGCGGCCGUCAUACCACUCAGGAAGGAGACGCUUUCUGUCUCCUAGAGAUUAACGUACAUUGGUGCGAAAAGUGCAAAUCAAUCCCAGAACAACAGCAAAGGAUGUUGUGAAGAUGCUGGAGGGAACGGGUACAAAAGUAUCUAUAUCCACAGUAAAACGAGUCCUAUAUCGACAUAACCUGAAAGGCCGCUCGGCAAGGAAGAAGCCACUGCUCCAAAACCGCCAUAAAAAAGCCAGACUACGGUUUGCAACUGCACAUGGGGACAAAGAUUGUGCUUUUUGGAGAAAUGUCCUCCGGUCUGAUGAAACAAAAUAGAACUGUUUGGCCAUAAUGACCAUCAUUAUAUUUGGAGGAAAAAGGGGAUGCUUGCAAGCCGAAGAACACCAUCCCAACCGUGAAGCAUGGGGGUGGCAUCAUCAUGUUGUGGGGGUGCUUUUCUGCAGGAGGGACUGGUGCACUUCACAAAAUGGAUGGCAUCAGGAUGGAAAAUUAUGUGGAUAUAUUGAAGCAACAUCUCAAGACAUCAGUCAGGAAGUUAAAGCUUGGUCGCAAAUGGGUCUUCCAAAUGGACAAUGACCCCAAGAAUACUUCCAAAGUUGUGGCAAAAAGGACAACAAAGUCAAGGUAUUGGAGUGGCCAUCACAAAGCCCUGACCUCAAUCCUAUUGAAAAUUUGUGGGCAGAACUGAAAAAGCAUGUGUGAACAAGGAGGCCUACAAACCUGACUCAGUUACACCAUCUCUGUCAGGACGAAUGGGCCAAAAUUCACCCAACUUAUUGUGGGAAGCUUGUGGAAGGCUACCCCAAAACAUUUGACCCAAGUUAAACCUUUUAAAGGCAAUGCUACCAAAUACUGAUCGAGUGAAUGUAAACUUCUGACCCACUGAGAAUGUGAUGAAAGAAAUAAAAGCUGACAUGAAUCAUUCUCUCUACUAUUAUUCUGACAUUUCACAUUCUUAAAAUAAAGUGGUGAUACUAACUGACCUUAGACAGGGAAUUACAAGGAUUAAAUGUCAGGAAUUGUGAAAAACUGAGUUUAAAUGUAUUUGGCUAAGGUGCAUGUAAACUUCCGACUUUAACCUUUAACUGUACAUCUCAUGUAUGCCUCUGAGGCUUUCCGUCAGCAUGGCAACUCAUAAAAUCCUACCAUAGGUAAACUACCUCAGAAGACACUGCACUCUGCUCAUUGCCAGGCCCUUGUCUUAUUUAAAUAUACUGUAUAUCAGUACAAAUAAACUUCUUUUUUUUCUGGACAAGACCAAUUUGAUGAAUAUCUAUGGCAGUGACAUAUAUGCUUAAGUCAUUUUACUGUGACAUCUGUACUUAGAACAAUCUAAUAUACACUACUGUUCAAAAAUAUGGGAUCAUAUUUUUUUUUGCCCUUUCAAAUAACAUCAAAAUGAUCAGAAAUACAGUGUAGACAUAGUUAAUGUUGUAAAUGACUAUUGUAGCUGGAAAUGGCAGAUUUGUAAUGGAAUAUCUACAUAGGCAUACAGAGAUUCAUUUUCAGCAACCUUCACUCCUGUGUUCCAAUGGCACUUUGUGUUAGCUAAACCAAGUUUGUCAUUCUAAAAUACUAAUUGAUCAUUAGAAAACCCUUUUGCAAUUAUGUUAGCAUAGCUGAAAACUGUUGUACUGAUUAAAGAAGCAAUAAACCUGGCCUUCUUUAGACUAGUUGAGUAUAGAGAUGACUCCGGGAUGAUGGCCUUCAAGGCAGAGUUCCUCUGUCCAAUGUCUGUGCUCUUUUGCCCAUCUUAAUCUUUUAUUUUUUUGGCCAGUCUGAGAUAUGGCAUUUUCUUUGCAACUCUGCCGAGAAGGCCAGCAUCCCAGAGUCGCCUCUUCACUGUUGACGUUGAGACUGGUGUUUUGCGUGUACAAUUUACUGAAGCUGCCAGUUGAGCACUUAUGAAGCAUCUGUUUCUCAAACUAGACACUAAUGUACUUGUCCUCUUGCUCAGUUGUGCACUGGGGCCUCCCACUCCUCUUUCUAUUCUGGUUAGAGCCCGUUUGCGCUGUUCUGUGAAGGGAGUAGUACACCGUGUUGUACGAGAUCUUCAGUUUCUUGGCAAUUUCUCACAUGGAAUAACCUUCAUUUCUCAGAACAAGAAUGGCUUGAUGAGUUUCAGCAGAAAGUUCUUUGUUUCCUGCCAUUUUGAGCCUGUAAUUGAACCCACAAAUGCUGAUGCUCCAGAUACUCAAAUAGUCUAAGGAAGGCCAGUUUUAUUGCUUCUUUAAUUAGCGCAACAGUUUUCAGCUGUGCUAACAUAAAAUUAUUAACUUGGAUUAGCUAACACAACAUGCCAUUGGAGCACAGGAGUGAUGGUUGCUGAUAAUAGGCCUCUGUACGCCGAUGUAGAUAUUCCAUAAAAAAUCUGAUGUUUCCAGCUACAAUAG